UUGCCAUGUCUUCGUCUUCGUCUGCCUCUUCGUCUGCCUCUUCGUCUAAAUCAACAUCUCACCUCUUGUUCCCAUCUCGUACCAUGCAACAACCACAACCCCACGGCGCCGUGCCGCCCACCACCAGCAACACAACCACAAUGGGCAAAGUCCAAGUCGGCCGCCCCGCCCCAGACUUCAACAGCACGGCCGUCGUAAACGGCCAACUCAAAGAAGUCGGCCUAACCUCCUACACCUCCGCCAACCACUGGCUCAUCCUCGUCUUCUUCCCCAAAGCCUGGUCCUUCAUCUGCCCUACCGAGAUCCGCGCCUUCUCCGCCCGCCUGGAAGAGUUCCUCUACUCGCGCGCUUGCGCUGUUGUCUUCUGCUCCACGGAUUCCGAAUACUGUCUCAAAGCGUGGAACAAUACCUCCGAGCUUGAGGGAGGGUUGGGAGGGAUACAUAUCCCACUGAUGUCUGACUGCAAUCAUGGUGUUAGCCGCGACUACGGCGUGUUGAUUGAGGAGACGGGCGUCAGUCAGCGGGCACUCUUUAUCAUUGAUCCGAAGGGUGUCCUGAGAGGCAUGACCGUCAACGAUGUCGACGUCGGCCGCUCAGUGGACGAAACUCUUCGCGUCCUCGACGCGCUCAGGUUCAAAGACGAAUUCGGCGAAGGCUGCCCCAUCGACUGGAAAAAGGGCGACGCUGGGAUCUCCACCUCCACCCCUCUCGAAGGAAAGCUGGAACUGAACAAGAAAUCCUGGUCCGAAUGGGCUCGUCCGAAGCUCCACCGCGCUUGGUCCGGUACCUCGCAGCGCUCCAUCAGCUCGAUGAUGAGUCAGGGUGACAGAACGUCGAAGCUGCUGUCGCUGCCGCCGCCGGAACUGGGUUUGGGCAGUGGGUGUCAUUCUGCUGUGCAGAGUGGGCAGCAUAGUCCGCUUAUUAGUCCGACGAGCGCGGCGAGUCCGUUGGCGAGGGAGAUGGACGCGGUGAUGUUGGCGCAGCGGAUGGAGAACGUGGAGGCUAGUGCGCUGAAUGUUGGGGUGACUUCUUGAUUGAUUUGGGGGUUAGCGCAGUGUCACGGUCGAGGGCAGUGUGAUGAUGACGGCGGCUGUGAUAUGGGCGGUGUCUGUCUGUCUCUAUCUUUGGCGUUGGUAGGACUAUUUGCGUUUGCAAGAUUAGAUAUUGAUUGAAUGAUGUAGUUGAGCAUAUUGUGACGGUAAUGUUUCG